AUGCCUGGCUCUCGGGUCAGCAGCGGCGAGAUGGUAUCAGGGGUGGCCUCCAGGGGUGGAGGCCCGGAGGUGACUCAGAGGCCUGGAGCUCUUGGCCAACCCUUUGCAAACGUGUACUUUGGGCCCCAGGAGCAACAGCUGCCCACGCCCCUCCCCCCCGGUCGGCCCCGCUUUCCUGUGCUGUGUGCUUCCCCCGCCCCCCACCGCGGCCCCGGCCCACACCUCGGGGUGCGCCCCCUCCCCCUGCCCGGCUCCCCGGGACGCCCGGACCCCCGGCCAGGGUGUGGCCAGGUAAAUGCGAAAAUCUUGGGAGGACAGGAGGCUGAAGACGGGAAGUGGCCCUGGCAGGUGAGCGUGAGGAUCAGAGGCAAGCACGUGUGCGGAGGUUCCCUCAUCACACAGCAGUGGGUACUGACUGCAGGCCACUGUAUUUUAAGCCGUUUCCACUACAAUGUCAAGAUGGGAGAUCGGAGUGUCUAUAAAGAAAUCACAAGUGUGGUGGUCCCCGUCCGAGACAUCAUUGUCCACCCUCAGCUGUCAGUAGUUGGAACCAUUCAAAAGGACCUUGCCCUUCUCCAGCUCCUCUACCCUGUAAACUUCACCAUGACCAUCCAGCCUAUAUGCAUCCCUCAGAAGACUUUCCGGGUGGAAACUGGGACCACGUGCUGGGUGACCGGUUGGGGCAGAAAAGAAGAAUAUGGUGGCGACCUUAUUACUUCUGUUCUCCAUGAGGUCGACCAAGACAUCAUCCACCAUGAAAAAUGUAAUGAGAUGAUUCAGAAAGCCAUGAAAACAACUAGGAAUGUCGUACUGGAAGGAAUGCUCUGUGGCUAUAAAGGUGCAGGAAAGGAUUCAUGUCAGGGAGACUCUGGGGGCCCUUUGGUCUGUAAAUUUAAGGACACAUGGGUCCAGGUGGGACUCGUGAGCUGGGGCUUGGGCUGUGGUCGUGGAAAUGUGCCUGGAGUUUAUACAGACAUUGCUGCCUACUCUAAGUGGAUAGUUGAAGUGAUAAACCGGGCUGCCUCUUUGUAUCCAGUGGUGUUCCUCAUUCCACUUCUGUGCCUGGUGCUGCCCCUGGGCAUCCUCGUGGCCCCGUGAUCACCCCGCCCACUCCCCUCCUGUUUUUGACUCUCACCCGAGGCCUGUCCUCCAACCUACCCCUCCUCCUCAUUGCCCUUUCCUCCAAUGCUGGUUGGGAUCCACUGACCCUGUAGGGAGCUACCCAGUAGAGAGUGGCAGUAAGCCCAGAGCCCUGAAGUGUCCCAGCCUGAUGCCCCAGUCACCUGCCCCACACCUUGGCUGUGCUCUGCCUGCCGGGAAGGAGGCAGCCGACCUGCCAGCUGGAGCCCGGCGCUUCCCUGACGCCUUGGAGAGCCUCUACCAAAGAAGAGACCUCAUGAGCAGUGAGACAGCGUUCGACGUGGCUGUGGUCUCAGGCUUUCACCUGACAGUGAGCUUGGUGAUUGUGCAGAGAGAGCCAGGCGGUGUCACCACGGCCCUGCUGAGGUCUGAGGCCUGGGGGUUCCGCCUCCGACCCAGGCGUCUGGGACUGGGCGAAGUUCCCCCCUACCCAGUGCGGAUCCACCUGGAUCCUGCUGGGGCAGCCCCGCGAUGGGGCCCCCUUUCUUGAGUACCCAGUGGCCACGUCCAGGCUCACCCCAAGUCGUGCGGAGGCACUGAGUGUGGAAAUCUUAGAUGUCAACUGAAUAAAUGUUUGAAGAGUU